AUCUCACACGUAGCGGCACAUCGCAGCUGACAUGCAGCGCGGGCACGCGAAAGACUAGUCACUGCAAACUGCCUCUGAGGACCAUGUCGUCGUUCUCUACGCUCCAGUCGCUGGGGCCAGUCCGUUCCGGGCACCAGAUAGACACACAGAAACUAGAGUCAUAUCUCCGACAGCAGCUGCCUGAGCUCUUCCGUGGAGCAAAUGCGUCCUCGGGCCUCGGCGUGCAGCAGUUCAGUCACGGCCAGAGCAACCCGACGUUCCUGGUGACAAUCGGUCAAACCAAGUUGGUUCUGCGCAAGAAGCCGCCCGGCAAGCUGCUCGCGAGCGCGCACGCGGUGGAAAGGGAGCACGCGGUGCUCGCGGCGCUCUCCCCCUCCGGCUUCCCUGUGCCUCGCGCGGUGCACCUGUGCGCCGGCAACGAGCCGCUGGGCACUCCCUUCUAUUUGAUGGAGUGCGCCGAGGGCCGCGUGUUCCUGGAUCCCAACCUGCCCGAGCUGGCGCCGGGGCAGCGCAGCGCCGUGUACAGACACAUGGCGCAGGUGUUGGCCCGGCUGCACUCGCUGGACCCCUCCGGCCUGGGCCUGGCCCCCGGGUACGGCAAUCCCGACCACUACUGCGCGCGGCAGCUGAGGAGGUGGUCGGAGCAGUACCGCGCCUCGGUGCCGCAGCCCAUGCCCGAGGUGCUCCGCCUGAUGGACUGGCUGGGGGCCCACGUGCCGCCCGGGGACGCCCGGCCCACACGGCCCGCGGUGGUGCACGGAGACUACCGCCUCGACAACAUCGUGUUCCGGCCCGACCCCAGCGGCUCCUUCACUCCCCUGGCGGUGCUGGACUGGGAGCUCAGCACGCUGGGCAACCCCUGGGCCGAUGUGGCCUACAACUGCCUGCCCUACCACCUGCCGCCGCACAUCACAGUGCUGCAGCGCCUGCGCCGAGGGGCGGCAGGGGCGGGCGGGGCGGGCGGGGCGGGAGGGGCAGGCGGCGGCGGCGGCGACACGGGGCCGCUGCCGGCGGGUGUGCCCAACGAGCAGGAGUACCUGGGCUGGUACUGCGCGGCCGCGGGCGUGGCGCCGCCUCCCGCCGGCGACUGGGCGUUCUACCUGGCUCUGUCGCUGUUCCGGCUGCUCGCCAUUCUGGCGGGGGUGCAGGCUCGCGCCAAGCAGGGCAACGCCUCCUCCGCCAACGCCGCCCGCGUGGCCUCAGACGAGGUCCUGAGGGCGCUGGCGGAGUCGGCCCUGGCCAUCAUUCACCGCGCCGACGGCAGCAACAGCGGCAGCAGCAGCAGCGGCGGCAGCAGCAGCAGCGGCAGUAGCAGCAGUAGCAGCGGCUGCGCCUGCCGCAGCCCCUCCUGCACCUGCGAGCGGGAGGGCAAGCCCGCGGGCGGGCCGAGCCGCACGUGCGCCUGCAGCGGCUGCACCAGCGGCCCGGCGCCACCUGCGGCCGCCGCCACCACCAGCACCACCGCCCCCGCCAGCACCACCAGCACCACCAGCACCACCACCGCCACCACCGCCUCCGCCCCUGCCGCCGCCGCGGCGGGCGGGCUGCUGGGUCUGUCGCCUCGGGCCGCGGAGCUGCGCCUGCGCCUGGCGGCGUUUAUGGAGGAGCACGUGUACCCGGCGGAGGAGGCGCUGGAGGCCAGGGCCAUGGGACCCGAGUCCACCCGCUGGACCAUCCACCCGCUGAUGGAGGAGCUCAAGACGCGGGCCAAGAAGGCCGGCCUGUGGAACCUGUGGCUCCCCGCCCCCAUCGCCGCCAACCUGGGCUGGCUUCGGGACGAGCUGCUCGCCUCCGCCUCCGCCUCCACCCCCACCUCCACCCCCACCUCCACCUCCACCCCCACUCCGGGGGCGCAGCCGGCGUCCGCCGCUGCCGCCGCCGCAGCUGCUGCUGACGAGCUGGAGGCGGCGGCUGUGGACGCGGGCGUGCUGCUGGGUGCGGGCCUGUCCAACCUGGACUACGGCCACCUGUGUGAGCUCAUGGGGCGCAGCGCAUGGGCCCCCGAGGUCUUCAACUGCUCCGCGCCCGACACAGGCAACAUGGAGGUGCUGGCCAAGUACGGCACCCGCGAGCAGCAGCGCGCCUGGCUGCUGCCGCUGCUGCGCGGCCGCAUCCGCUCCUGCUUCGCCAUGACUGAGAAGGCCGUGGCCAGCAGCGACGCCACCAACAUCACAGCCACCAUCGCGCGCAGCCCCUGCGGCGGCUCCUACACGGUGUCGGGCGUCAAGUGGUGGACCAGCGGCGCCUGCGACCCGCGCUGCCGCAUCGCCAUCUUCAUGGGCAAGACCGACGCCGCGGCGGCGCCGCACCGGCAGCAGUCCAUGGUGCUCGUGCCCAUGGACGCACCCGGCGUCAAGGUGGUUCGGCCCAUGCUGGUGUUUGGCUACGACGACGCGCCGCACGGCCACGCCGAGGUGCACUUCACGCACGUCACGGUGCCGGCCGCCAACCUCAUCCUGGGCGAGGGCCGCGGCUUCGAGAUCGCACAGGGCCGCCUGGGCCCGGGCCGCCUGCACCACUGCAUGCGGCUGGUGGGCGCGGGCGAGCGGGCCAUUGAGCUCAUGGCGCGGCGGGGAGCGGAGCGGCGCGUGUUCGGCGGGCCGCUGGCGGCGCAGGGCGCCUUCCGAGCGCAGCUGGCCAAGUGCAGGAUCGACGUGGACGGCGCCCGGCUGCUGGUGCUGGCGGCGGCGGACGCGCUGGACCGGCACGGCUUCAAGGGCGCGGCGGCGGCCAUCGGCGCCGCCAAAGUGGCGGCGCCCAACGCCGUGCUGCGGGUGCUGGAUGCCGCUAUCCAGGCGCACGGCGGCGCGGGUGUGAGCCAGGACUUUGUGCUGGCGCGGCUGUGGACGGCGGCGCGCACCCUGCGCAUCGCCGACGGCCCGGACGAGGUGCACCUGGGCACCAUUGCCAAGCUGGAGAUGAAGCGCCUGGGGCUGCUGCCGGGAGCGGGAGGAGCAGGGGGAGGAGGAGCAGGAGGAGGUGGAGGAGGGGGAGGGGGAGGGAAGCAGCGGUCCAAGCUGUGAGAGGGAUCGCGGUGGUGUUCGCGGGGGGUGGGGUGGGUGGAGGCGGGCUGGGGACGGUGGGACUGGAGUUUUGUUUUGUGGGUAUGGGAGGGCAGGUACGGUGGUGCGGCGGUCAGGGCCGUUAAGGCUGGGGCUGUGGGGCAUGGCCGUGUGUGUUGAACUGAGGGGCUGAUGAGCUGUGCGUGAGGACUGAGGAGGGCCGCUCAUGCUGGGGGCGUACGUAAGAGCACCGGGAGGGGGGGGCAGCAGGAUGCAGUAGCGCGGGGCCGCAGAGCAGCAGAGCGGAAAGGACCAGGGAGGCGGGGCGGGGUCAAGUGAUGGGAGAAGCGGCUGAUUCUAGGAUGCGAAGCGCGAGGUGUGUGCUUGGUACAUACCGAGAUACCGAGAUACAGAGUUGCCGAGAUCAAAGUCUUGCAAGAGGGGAGCAAGGCGAUGUGGGGUUGGACGGCAGGUGGAGGCUGACAAUAAGAUGUACGGCACAUCAUCGAGGCCGGUAGGUUGCGCGACCAUUCCUUUGGAGAGAACUGACGGUAUGGAUGCGGCGGUGAAACGCGGAGACGCGGAGAGACGCGGCCAUUCCGUCAUUCCGUGUUACACCACGCACGCACGUGCACAACUUACACAUGCACAAUUUGAUUAUUUGCAUCCCUCACAUACUCGA